GGUUUGCAUAUUGCAAGAAAAAUUUACAUUUACUUGACUCACAAACAAAGACAUAGUUCACAUGGAGAGCAUCAAAUAUUGGCUAAUACAACACCCUUCUGUUGUCUCCUUCCGCUGGACUCCAACCCAAUUAUACGGCGCCACAUGGUCCUUCCUCGUCUCCGCCGUUUCUUUUUACAUCACCGCCGCCAUCAUCCUCCACCUCCUCCUCAAACUCUCCCGUCGCCGUCGGUCGUUUCCGUUAGGACCUAUCCCCGCCCUCCACAGCCUCAUCAUGUCGUUAAUCUCCGUCGCGAUAUUCACCGGCACGCUCUUCUCCGCCGAAGCGGAAGCCCGCGACACGCGGUGGCUGUGGCGGCGCAGCAGAACCACCUCUUUCGAGUGGCUCCUCUGUUUCCCUCUAGGUACUCGUCCGUCCGGUCGUGUUUUCUUCUGGUCCUACGUUUUCUACCUGUCACGCUUUCUUCACCUUCUGCGCACCUUCUUCGUGGUUUUGCGUGAGCGUAGGCUGUCGUUUUUGCGACUGUUUAACAACUCCGUACUCCUGGUGAUGUCGUUUCUGUGGCUGGAGUUUUCACAGUCGCUUCAGGUGCUGGCCAUUCUGUUUUACACGUCGGCUUAUUCCGUCGUUUGCGCGUUCCGGUUCUGGACGGAGCUAGGGUUGCGCAGCAAAACGCCGUUGUGGCUCACCGCGAAUUGCCAGCUGGCACUGUUGGGUUGUAAUUUGGCGUGCCACGUUGGCGUGGUCUCGCUCCAUUACUUGAGAGGAGGGUGCAACGGAAUCGGAGCUUGGAUUUUCAACUCUCUCUUAAACGCCGGCUUUCUGGUUCAGUUCUUGAAAUCCUACGUGAAAACGCAUUCACAAAGGAAAAGUGCUUCCUCUUCUUCUGCAUAAUAUAGCUUAAUCGAAGGCCGCGGUUAUUCAAGUUUUUGUGAUUUUUCAUCAAAUCUAAUGACUUCUCAAGCUUUCAUUCACCACUUUUUGAAUCCAAGU